AUGCAGAUGACCGUUGAGAAACACCGCAAGUUCGCGAACCCCACAUCCGACUUGGCUAGUGGUUCGCUUUACGAAAAGCGCCCUGUCAAGUCGGAAGCCGCCGAGAAGCUCAAGGCGCAGAAGGCAGACUACGAGGCCGCGAUCGCGCAGAACAACCGGAUCUUCGAGUCUAUGCUUGACUUCUUCAUCAACGACUACCGGACCAGGAUCGCCGACAUGAAGAAGGAGUCCCGUACUAAGCUCGAGAACACCGUCAAGAAAUACGAAACCAAUCUCAACGACGAAAAGAAAAACUACGAUGCUACGCUCAAAGGCAUGAAGACGGGCUACGAGACCAGGAUCGCGGAGAUGGAGAAAGAGUCCCAGACAAAGCUCGAGAACGUCACCAAGAAUCACGAUCGCCAGCUCAGGGAAAAGGAAAAACUUCAAGAGAUUGAGAUCGAACGCGUGAGGGACUUCAUCAAGCAUGAUGUCGUCGAGAUAAAGAAGAAAUCCGAGACCAAGCUCAACCACCUCACCGAGAACUACGACGCCAAGAUUGCUCACCUGGAGAACGAAUCGAAGUCCAAGCUCGAGAAAACCAUCAAGCACUACGAGACCAAGCUCAACGACGAGAAGAACCACUGCGACUGGCUGCUCAAAGAAAUGAGGGAGGGCCAUGAGACUAUAAUCACUGAGAUCAAGAAGGAACACGCGCUCGAGUCUGAAGCCGCGCAGGAGGACUACGAGGCCGACCUCGACAGGCUCAAUCAGAGCUCUGCGAUUCUGCAACGUGUUUUCGCCGACCAGAGCUUGGAACUUGCAGCGCUCAAGGAGACAAAGACCAAGGAAGCUGACUUCCUCAGCAAGUCUGCCCAGCCAGAUGCGGAAGCAAAAGAUGCAGGUCUGCUCGCUGACAAGAAGCCGGAUACCAAUGACAAGAAGCCCGAGAUCGACGCCCUCAAAGGCACUAUCGACGCCCUCAAGGACACCGUCAGUAUACAAAUGGUAGCCGCAGAAGAUCUCCGCGAGACUGUCAAGGACCUCCGAGAGCGCAAUGCAAAGCUCGAAGCAGAGCUUCAGAAGAAGUAG